AUGCCCAGACGGGAUGCGUUACAAGGUGUCAACAAUGAAAACGCGUCGAUAGCGCUUGUGUACAUAGUAAAGGAUCGUAAAAAUGAGGCCGAUUAUCGAAUCGCGGUCAACUCGGCACGUUGCUACGCAGAGGUCCACAAAUAUGGAUUAAUAUAUGUUGAUUAUAAUUCGAGCAAAGAACUUCAAAAAACAUGCCCGCAAGAUGAUUUCUUUUUCACACGUCAUUGUUUGAUGAAAGAUGUUUUGCGUAAAUCCGACUAUGAAUUUUUUCUAUUCCUCGAUGCUGAUAUUGGGGUAAUAAACCCAAGGCGCCGGAUAGAGGAAUUUCUCCCAAAAACCUCGAGCGUUAAUGUAAUGUUUUACAACAGGUUUUACAACGAUGAAAUUAUGGCUGGAUCUUACAUUUUGCGAAAAUCUAAACAAGCCUCCAAUUUUCUGCAACUUUGGGUGGACUAUAUGGAAAAAACGGACGCUAUUCCGCUGGGUGGUACCGAUAAUGGGGCGAUACAGAGCGUAGUCGUCGAAUUUUUUAUGCCAGAAAUGGCACCACAUCGCAAAAUUUGCGAGAAAACAUGGCUAAAAUCAAGGAAUUUCGACGAGUUAUUCCGCUAUGAGGCUUGUAUGCAGUAUUUAAUUUCAUUAGUGCCAAAGGAAGAGUUGGCGAGACGAGGAUUUGUGUUGUACGAUAAGGGCCAAGGUUGGUCCCGUGACGGCUGGAUUUCCGGCACGACCUGGUGUGGUCGCGACCUAUUCUUCCACGGCUGGAAAAAACAAAAACUCGGCGGAGAAUGGGUCCUCCCAUUCACCGGCGAAGAUAUCUUCGAUAAAAAAUGCUCGCCAAGCGAAGUGCAGAGAUGGAGCUACGCUCCUAAACUCAACAUUUCAUGCCUAGCGCUGGACCUGAAGCUACAUCAAUACUACCUGGAAAAGCGGACAGCCUACUACAAACACCUGGAGACACUGGCAGAACAGGAUCUAUUCCCUGUAGAUGCUUAUAAGCAAUUUGGGCUA